AGAAGGAACAGCCACAGGUUUCUGAAAUAAAACGGCACAGAAGGAAAACGGACAGGCAGGCAGGAGGAAUGUCACUCGGAGAUAAUCCCAAGCCCAAACGUCCAGCUCGUCCACAAGCCCUUGACCCAUUAACAAUACAGCCCACACGACCUGCACCCCCACCUCCGACAGAUUUACAAUCCAAAAUACCCCGUCCACCGUCAGAGUACCCAAUCAGCCCUGUGUAUACAAAUGUCCUACCUGCUGAGGUUGGAACUCCUUCCAGGCCUGCACCUCCAAUACCAAGAAGACCUGUCCUUAGCAGAGAGCCAUGCUUCUCUCACAGCACAGAGACAGAGGACUGUACCACACCACAAAACCCCCUGCCUGCAGUUCGCCGUCCUCCCGCUCCUCCUCGUCCUCUUGCCCGACCUCGUCCAGGAGUGGUAAAACCCAGAAGACCCUUCCUGUCAGAGUCCCUCUCAGAACAGCCAGAAGAGCACAUAUAUGAAUAUAUCCCAGAUGUGCUUCCAGACACUCCAGAGGAUGAAGGUGUUAAUGGAGGGAGAGGUGUGUGUGCAGUAGAAAUGAAGCCUCUCACUCCUCAUCCCCUGCGCUCACUGAGUGAACAGUCAAGUGUGGACGGAGACAGCAGUGCAAAGGAGCUGGACAUUCUACUAGAAUGGUGGAGAAGUGUGGAAGGGUGGGAGGAGGUGCACAUGGGCCAUCAAAGAGAGGAACCUGAAAGAAAGCUGAUGUUAGUGGCUCAACGGGUGAAGAUGGGGAUGCGUCUGUACCAGCUGCUUGUGUUUCAGCAUGGUAGAAUAUUGCUAAACCACAUUACUGAGCUGCACUGCACCGCAGACAGCCUGAGCAGAGUGGGCAAGAACACACGAAUUGCAGGAAUCACAGGGGGGACCACGGGGGCAGUGGGUGUGGCGGCAGUGGUGGCAGGCGUAGCUCUAGCACCCAUCACCUUUGGGGCAUCUUUGGUGGCAGCCGGAAUCGGCGUUGGUGUGGCGGCCGCUGGGGGAGUGACCGGCGCAUCAGCUGCCAUCACCAGCAAAGUGAAAAGCAGCCAGGUCAGAAAUAAAGUGGAGAGAAUCCUUAAAAACUACAGGUUCCACAUGGAGGACAUCAUAGAGUGCCUGGAGUUUAUUGACGUGGGGAUGGAGCACAUUAGAAAGUACAAUCAUUCCAGGCUGAAGAAUCUGGACCCUUGCACUUUGAAAAUAGUCCAAAUGGCCCAAGAGAUGGGCAGCUUUUGUUCCACAGAUGCCAUUGACAAGUAUUCUUGCAUACUGCAGGGAUUUGCAUCUGGGCUGGAUUCCUACUUCAGUGAGGAAGACAAGCUGAAACUGAAGAAAGGUUCUGAACACCAGUUUGCAGACAAUAUCAGGGAGGUGGCUGGCAAGCUUAAAGAGGGCACGGACGAACUCAUCCGUAUUAAAAACCUGUUUAACUCAAUAGUUGAUCAUGUUUCAUUAAAUGGACCACAUUUUGUAGAAUAUUGCAAAGCAUGGCAAUAAUGUCCCUAAUGACUUGCACUAAUUCAGCAUUUCUCAAAAGUGCAUUUAAACACAAAUCUUAUGAUCAUCCUUUUAUAGAUAACUCCAAAAAGGAUUGGACUGUUUGCAAAAUGCCAAAAAAGAAAGCAGUUCUAAGGAAAUUCUUUUUGACCUGUAUUAAAUUGAAAAUAGUGCACAACACGAUAUUUAAUGUCUUACCUGAUUAACUUUAUUGUAAAUAAAUAUAUGUUCAUUCUAAAUCAGAUGCCUGCAAAACAUUCCAAAAAAGCUAGGAUAGAAGCAUUUUUACUACUGUGUUACAUCAUCUUUCCUUUUAACAGCACAUUUGGGAACUAAAGACACAAUUGAUCCAGUUCUGACGGCUGGAUUUUUUGCUAUUUUUGAGUCUUCAGCUGUUUAAAUAUACAAGGCCUUUGUUGUCGUGUUUUGUACUUCAUAAU